AUGAAUCAGCAACUGCCGGAAGUUUCUUUGGGUAAUAGCGCUGGAGCAAACAUUGAGGCUCCUGCUACUGAGGAAGGAGAAGAAGAAGUGCAGCAACAGCAACCGCAGCAGCACCAGCAGGAGGAGGAGGAGACUGAAUCUGCUAGGGAUCUAAUUGUCGUCGAUCAGAAACCGCUUGAAAAACCAGCAGACGGAGAGAAAGAAGACGAUCAGAUGGAGGUUGAUCCAGUGAGUCCAGCCACAGUUUUCUCCGUCAAGCUUAAGCAGCCCAAUUCCAAUUUGCUUCACAAGAUGAGCGUCCCUGAAUUGUGCCGUAAUUUCAGUGCCGUUGCGUGGUGUGGCAAAUUGAAUGCUAUAGCUUGCGCUUCCGAAACCUGCGCCAGGAUUCCAAGCUCCAAGGCAAAUUCACCCUUUUGGAUCCCAAUACAUAUCUUAAUACCGGAGCGCCCAACCGAGUGUGCGGUGUUUAAUGUUGUGGCAGACUCUCCUCGUGAUUCUGUCCAAUUUAUCGAAUGGUCUCCCACUUCUUGUCCUCGUGCGUUGCUCAUUGCUAAUUUUCAUGGACGGAUAACAAUCUGGACGCAGCCUACUCAGGGUUCGGCUAAUCUAGUGCACGAUGCUACCUCCUGGCAGUUAGAGCAUGAAUGGCGUCAGGAUAUUGCUGUUGUUACAAAGUGGCUGGCAGGGGCUUCUCCAUAUAGGUGGUUGUCCUCCAAGCCAAGCUCUGGUACAAAUUCAAAGUCAACUUUUGAGGAGAAAUUUCUCUCGCAGAGCUCAGAAAGCUCAGCUCGGUGGCCAAACUUUCUCUGCGUAUGCUCUGUUUUCUCAUCCGGCUCUGUUCAACUUCAUUGGUCCCAGUGGCCUUCUAACCAGGGUGGUACUGCACCAAAGUGGUUUAGUACAAAGAAAGGCCUUUUAGGUGCAGGCCCUAGUGGGAUUAUGGCUGCUGAUGCUAUCAUAACAGACAGUGGUGCCAUGCAUGUAGCAGGGGUUCCAAUUGUAAAUCCCUCAACAAUUGUAGUAUGGGAGGUGACACCUGGCCCUGGAAAUGGACUCCAGGCGACUCCGAAAAUCUCUACAGGCAGUCGUGUGCCACCAUCCCUUAGUUCUUCCUCUUGGACAGGCUUCGCUCCUUUAGCUGCGUACUUGUUCAACUGGCAAGAAUACUUGAUAUCUGAGAUAAAGCAAGGGAAGAAACCCACAGAUCAAGACUCCAGUGAUGCUAUAUCGCUUAGCUGCUCGCCGGUUUCCAAUUUUUCUGCUUAUGUAAGUCCAGAGGCUGCAGCUCAGUCUGCAGCAACCACUACAUGGGGAUCUGGAGUUACUGCUGUUGCUUUUGAUCCAACUCGUGGUGGUUCGGUGAUAGCAGUUGUUAUAGUUGAGGGUCAGUACAUGUCCCCGUAUGAUCCAGAUGAAGGUCCUUCAAUCACAGGCUGGAGAGUACAGCGCUGGGAAUCAAGUGUUCAACCUGUUGUGCUGCAUCAUAUAUUUGGAAGUCCAACUUCGAAUUUUGGAGGACAGGUCCCCACUCAGACUGUCUGGGUAUCCAGAGUUGAUAUGAGCAUACCACCUACACAAGAUUUUAAGAAUCAUCAAGUAGCUGCUGCAGGACCAAGUGUGGAUGCACAAAAGGAGCCUGAUUCUGGUGAUGACAAGACUAACAAGGUUGUUUUUGACCCUUUUGAUUUGCCAAGUGAUAUUCGUACACUUGCACGGAUUGUCUAUUCUGCUCAUGGUGGUGAAAUUGCGAUUGCUUUUCUACGUGGUGGAGUUCAUAUCUUUUCUGGUCCAACAUUUUCACCCGUUGAAAACUAUCAAAUAAAUGUUGGUUCAGCAAUUGCUGCACCUGCUUUUUCUCCAACAAGCUGCUGCUCGGCUUCUGUAUGGCAUGAUGCUGCCAAGGACUGUGCAAUGUUGAAAAUUAUCCGUGUUCUUCCUCCUGCCCUUCCACGUAAUCAAUCAAAGGUUGAUCAAUCAACAUGGGAGCGGGCGAUUGCUGAGAGGUUCUGGUGGAGUCUUUUGGUCGGUGUUGAUUGGUGGGAUGCAGUUGGCUGUACACAAAGUGCUGCAGAGGAUGGCAUUGUUUCACUGAACAGCGUGAUUGCUGUCAUGGAUGCUGAUUUUCACUCACUUCCUUCAACACAGCACAGGCAACAAUAUGGUCCUAACCUAGACAGGAUCAAAUGUCGGUUGCUUGAAGGAACCAAUGCUCAGGAGGUUCGUGCCAUGGUUUUAGAUAUGCAAGCGAGAUUGUUGUUGGACAUGCUCGGAAAAGGAAUUGAAUCAGCUCUUGUGAACCCUUCGGCGUUGGUUUUUGAGCCAUGGCGAGCUGAUGGGGAGACGAUAUCAGGCAUCAAUCCUGAGGCAAUGGCUGUUGAUCCUGCUCUUGUUUCCAGUAUUCAGGCUUAUGUGGAUGCUGUUCUUGAUCUUGCUUCUCAUUUCAUCACACGUUUAAGACGCUAUGCGAGUUUUUGUCGGACACUUGCGAGCCAUGCUGCUUCCGCUGGAACUGGCAGUAAUCGCAACAUGGUUACCACUCCCACACAAAAUGCAUCAUCUCCUGCACCACCAACUCCGGUUCUUCCUGAAAAGACACCGAAUAAUGCAGCAGGGCAACCUACGACUACUACAAACUCCAGUGGAAGCACACCAAUGCAAGCUUGGAUGCAGGGUGCCAUAGCGAAAAUCAGUAGCUCAAAUGAUGGAGUACCAAACUCUACUGCAAGCCCAAUCAGUGGUUCACCACCAACCUUCAUGCCAAUAAGCAUCAAUACAGGAACAUUUCCAGGAACGCCUGCUGUUCGGCUCAUUGGAGACUGUCAUUUCCUUCAUCGGCUAUGCCAGCUGUUGCUCUUCUGUUAUUUCCAACGGUCACAGGCUUCGCGAAAUCCCCAGAGAAACGCUGAUGUUACUUCACAAAAACUUCAAACAGGGGCCACCAGCAAGUUGGAAGAGGUCAACUCUGCUAAACCAGCCACCUCUACCUUGAAUAGGAUAGAGGAAGCCCAGGGGUUCCGGACUUCCCCGUUGAGUGCUGGAGUGAAAGGGAUUGAUGAAAAUUCUGCUCGUACAACAAAGAUGGGUUCUGGGAAUGCCGGUCAAGGAUAUACUUUUGAGGAGGUGAGAGUGCUUUUCCAUAUACUAAUGGAUCUCUGCAAACGAACAUCUGCUCUUGCGCAUCCCUUACCUGGUUCUCAGGUAGGUAGUGGAAACAUCCAAGUUCGACUCCACUAUAUUGAUGGAAAUUACACUGUGUUGCCUGAAGUGGUCGAAGCGGCUCUUGGACCACAUAUGCAGAACAUGCCUCGUCCAAGAGGAGCUGAUGCUGCCGGUCUUCUACUACGGGAGUUGGAGCUUCAUCCGCCAUCCGAAGAAUGGCAUAGGAGAAAUUUGUUUGGUGGUCCCGGCUCAGAGCCUGAGGAUUUGGUCCCGUCAGAUGAUACUUUCAAGCAGGGUCAUUUCUUGGAUCUGCCUGAUGUAUACGACAGAGUCCAAAGCAUUUGGCCAAGAAAACGCAGAAUGUCAGAAAGAGAUGCGGCUUUUGGCUCAAAUACUUCACUGGGUUUGGGUGCAUAUCUUGGAAUCAUGGGUUCUCGUAGGGAUGUUGUCACCGCUACAUGGAAAACUGGCCUUGAAGGAGUUUGGUACAAGUGCAUAAGAUGCCUACGCCAGACAUCUGCAUUUGCUUCACCAGGUGCUUCUAAGCAGCCAAAUCCCAAUGAACGAGAGACAUGGUGGACCAGCCGUUGGGUUUAUUGCUGCCCCAUGUGCGGUGGAACGUGGGUCCGUGUUGUAUAG